AUGAAGUUAUUCGGGCAUAGUAAUAGUGCAUAUCAUAUGCUUAGUGAUUUUAAACUUGGUAAUGAGCUGAAGGAUAGUAACUUAACGGGCAGUGUCAGUGAAAAUGGAAGGAUUAUAACGAAGGAAGAGGGUGAACGCGAUGCGGAUGAGAUUGCAUUCUUGGAAGAGUUAGAUGGCAGGUUGAACUGGUCGAAGCCACUUCUCAAUCAACUUGGAGCCAUCGCGCCGCACUACGAAAAGUGGGUGAACAGCGCGGUGUACAGGAAGUGUCAGUUGUUCUCCAGCCCGCUUCUGGAGAGUAUGACAUACACACCAUGGUAUUUGGUGCCCAUGUUUUGGAUACCCAUUAUAAUUUAUCUUGCUGUUUCACAAUACUUCGAAUACGUAGCAUGUGGAGACACGUGUACGGAAGAUAGUCUCAGCGUCCUCCAGUAUUUGCAGCACAUGCUGUUUGGCGCAUUCAUUUGGAGUGCUCUCGAAUAUUCCUUGCACAGAUGGGUUUUUCAUUUUGACCCGGGCUCAUCGCUCACGAUGAUCAAGCUUCACUUUCUCAUUCACGGAAUACAUCAUAAGGUUCCAUUCGACGGCUUGAGACAAGUGUUUCCCCCAGUUCCCGCCUUCAUUCUCGCUUCAAUAUUUUACGUGCCACUUCAAUUAAUACUACCAUACCCACUGAUUAAGUUUACUGGCGGGCUGAUGGGGUACCUCAUCUAUGACAUGAUUCAUUUCUACGUGCAUCAUGGCUCUCCGCGGGACGGUACCUACCUGUAUGCGAUGAAGCGUUAUCACUCGAAUCAUCAUUUCUUAAAUCACGACAAAGCGUAUGGCAUCACCAGCAAGAUUUGGGAUCACGUUUUUAGAACGUUUGUGCACGUGAAGAAAUUGGGUUUUAGUUUGCGAUGGUGA